AUGACGACGACGACGACGGUACCGCAUGCCACGGUUCCCGCCGUCCCCGCAGCGCGCCUCGUGGGUCAGGAAGCCCGAAUGGUCCUCACAUCCUUACGGGGUGGACCCCCGUACGUGGCACGCGGAACGCUAGCGCAAGACUUGUUGGAUCUACGGGAUCGGCUCCCACAGUUGCGGACUACGACGAACACCACGCUCGCUACCGGUAGCCCCACGACGCCGGUGGGUGAGACUACCCACACCCACACCAACACCAGCAUUAGUGUACACCCCAAUGCGUCCGAUACAGCCGUGGACGAUACGAACGACGACCGUUCGUACGAUUUUGUCCGUCCCUUUCUACAAGUCGUCACGGAUCCACGAGCGGCAGGUCCCCACACACUCGUCGCCUUGCGAUCUCUCCACCGCAUGCUGCUCAACAAAUCCUUGUUUGUCCUUUACGAUCAUCAACAUCAGCAACUACAACACCCACCACCACCAUUGAAAUAUCUGCAGCAAAACCACAGUGCGGUGUUGGCUUCGAUUGUCAAGGCCGUCUUGACGUGUCAGUUUGAACAGACGGAUGCCGGGGCGGACGAAGCCGUAGAAAUGGCCGUCGCCGAAGUCCUCGGACAAGUCGUCGCGCUACUCCCGUCGCUCGGGCUACCGGAAACCGUGGACCCUCGUCACGCCGCUAUCACUCCCGAGACGUUAGCGGAAAUCUUCCACGCCGUCUUUGUCACGCGCACCAGCAGUGCCCUGGCCAAUUCCCCGGCACUGGUCCUGCGCUUGGAAGAUAUACUCCUCCAAAUGACCCAACACGUCUUUCGGCCCGGCUCGCCACCGAACGAAGCAACCGCCACGCCCAAUCGAAAAGUGUGGCUGGGACGAUGUCAAGCCGUUUUGGAGUUCUGGACGCAUCCGCUCCUGCACACGCCCCUGGUCGGUGGGGAUGGAUUGGACGAAUCUACUCGGGAAGAUCAGCGUCUUUACGACGCCACCCGGGUACUCUGCUUGCGAGCGGUACGCACAGCCCUCCAAACCGGAUGGGCCGAAGCCUCAAUCGCUACCAGUUACGAUAUGGACGACGAGGAAGACGACGACGAACACUACCAAAGCCUAAUCAGUAUCAUUCAGGACGAUUUGUGUUUGUCCUUGCUCAUGACUGGUCAGGCCAUUUGGGCUUACCACGAUGCCCACACCAAUAUCUCUCCCGGAUUCGUAUCCCUCGAAGUCUUGUCGGAAAUUUGUGCCACCCUCACGACGCUUUGGAACACCCUCCCACUACGCACCGUGUUAAUUGCGCAGUUUGAAACCAUCUGGACCGGCUUUUACACCCGGGCUCUCGUGCUCUUGCGCAAACGCCACCCACCCACUAAUUCCUUGUCCUUCAACGCCAACUUGACCUUUGACGCCGAAGUGGAAAUUAUUCUCGAAUCGCUCGUGGACGUUCUCUGUCUCCACGAUCACGUCCGCUCUAUUGCCGACGGAGACGGCGGAGCGCUGGAGACAAUGUUUGCCUACUACGAUUGUCAUUUACGUCGCUCCGACGUGGCCGUCGGGCUCAUGGUGGAACUCUGUCGUUGUUGUGGCGGGGCCGUGGAUCCGGACGGGGAGACGCUCGUCCUAACCCCGUCCACCAGCUUUUUGGCGCGGCCCCCCACUUGUGAGGAUUCGGUGCAUUCGGAUACUUCCGAUACGGCGACACCUCCCGAUACGGCCGUAUCGUCUCCCAUGGUACAAGUCGAUCACGUAUGGCGACCGGUUCCGCCCCAUCUCAAGGAACUGUGCGCACAAGCUCUCAUGGGAGGAAUGAAAUGCUUGUUCCGCGACGACAAGGCCUCGGCCGAAACCCUGCUGGAACGAUCACGGCGCAAACGGUCCAUAAUGAGUCGACAACUGAAAGACAGUUUCGAGGAGGCCUUGUCCGAGACGAUCCCCAACACAAACGUUGCCGAAUUAUCGGUGUCACCCUCCUGCACGCACGUGCUCCGAGACGUGAAAACGAAAAAGCGUCUCAUGCGCAAGGCGGCGCGCAUCUUUAACCACAAGGCCUCCCGGGGCAUCGAAUUUUUGCUCGAUGCCGGGCUGGUGGCCGACCCCGUUACUCCCAUGAGUGUCGCUACCUUUUUGCGCAACGGCAUUGUGGUCGGUCUGGACAAGAAAGCGGUCGGCGCGUAUUUAGGCGAAGCCGGUAAGGCUCCCAUUGCCGGCAAGUCGCCACUGUCCUGGGAACGCGACUGGUUUCAUAAGGAUGUCCUACAGAGUUAUUGUGGACUGUUUCGAUUCGAAGGACAGUCCUUGUUGGACGGGCUGCGCAUGUUCUUGGCGGCGUUUCGUUUGCCGGGGGAGGCUCAACAAAUUGAUCGCAUUCUACAAGCCUUUUCCGAUUCGUGUGGACAGGUCUGCGAAGAAUCAGCCGACGGCCGUCUCCAGUUGUUCUCGGAAGACCCUAAGCGGGCAAGUGACGCGGCCUAUCUACUUUCUUUCAGCAUCAUCAUGCUGAAUACCGAUCGACACAACACCAAUAUCCGGGAAGACCGCAAAAUGAGUGCCGCUGACUUUGUCAAGAACAACACGGACUACGGACGUGACAUUACCGAAAAGGGAAAGGAAUUUCCGAGCGAAUUUCUGGAAGGAAUUUACCACAGCAUCAAUGAUGAAGAAAUUCGUACGGAAGGGGAAGGAGCGGACGGCGCCAUGACUGUAGAACGGUGGAAAGAUGUCCUCCGUGGCUCCACCGAAGAAGCCGAAGAUGAGUUUCUGCCCUCCUUGCACGAUGCCGAAGACCUGACCGAACUAGUUCUGGAACACGUGUGGAAGCCAAUCAUGUCGUCCAUUGGAGCUUUCUGGGGGAUGCCUCGUGUAGCAGACGAUGAACCCCUGUCGCCAAGCGAUCCGGCACAAAACGGCAUGCUUGGGGUACAAGGUGCUCGUCUCGGAAUGGACAUGGCGUUAGAAAUGCUGCACGGAGUCCGGAAGUUGGGUCGUAUCGAUAUCUUCCGUAAGAUUUUUUCUUGGAUCUGUGACUAUACCGGUCUAAUUGGGGAUUACUCGGUAGAUGCUGUGGAACGCACCUGGUCGCUGACCAACUCGGUCGAAGCACAGAGUGCCGUUGUUGCUGCGAUUCGUACGGCGCUGGACGCUGGCGAGGACCUGAACGGAGACGGAUGGAAGCGACUCUGGUCCAUCCUUUUCGAAAUGCGCGACUUGAAGCUUCUUGCGUACGGUGGACCUUCUGCCAAGUCAAGUCUACUCCACGAAUCGGAUCCGGACAUCCUCGACGAGAGCGCUCGUCGAGAUUGGACAAUUGUCUCCCCAAGUCGAAGAGCACCCGUAAGCUCGGUUCACGGCAAAGAAGACCUUGUCGUGUGGGACGAUUAUGCACCUAGUGACGACGAAGAGGAGCCACAAUCUGUGGAAGAGUGUGAUGAUUUAUCGAGCGAAAUGGAAGGGCUCAGUCCAGGCGCCGAGUUUGAAAACCUUUUGAUUAGGGAAAGCCUAGGCAUGAGUCGUCAAUUGGACUUACCAGUCACUGGCCUGGAACGAAUGGACGAAGCCAGGCGGCAUCUCGUGUCUCCACGCGCUCGCGUCCGUGGCCGACUGACAAAUGCAUGCAACUUUAAGGCACUUGUUUCGGACAGUCGAUUUCUCAACGACGCGGGAAUUCGUGUCCUCUUGCAAGCGUUGGCGGAGCUCAUCGCAGGCAUGAGUCGGUCGACGAGACUUGCUGAAGCUCCACCGCUUCCUCCCCCAAGCGGAGGUCUCGAACGCAGCUCUAGUAGUGAUUCCAUCGCAACCCCGGUUUUCUUGCCGACUAGUGGGUAUCUUCCGAUUUCCCCGGCUUCCGAAGCGUUUGCUGAAGUUCUCAUAUGCGAAAUUGCUUUGAAGAAUAGAGACAGGUUGAAGAUGCUUUGGAAAGAUGUUCUGCAAGACCAUUACCUGAGCUCUUUGACGAGUAUUCUUGUCAAUCCAGUCGAAGGUGCUAGUACCGCAGUUCCCCAACCAGAUCCAGGUCUCGAGAAGCGAGUCACGGGAUUGCUUCGCAUCAGUAUCUGCGCUGUGCAGCGCGACGAGCUUUCCAACGAAAUUUUGUCUGCAUGGAAAUACUUGCUUCCUAUAAGCGAUGAACAACGAGCGUCGUCGCCUUUGCGUGUGCUCGACAAGCACAUUGGUGAAGGAUUGUGGAGAACCGCAUCUUCGGUUGAUGGCCUUCAUUCACUCAACGCCGAUGGCUGGGAAGGUUUGAUGUCGCUUUUAAAGUGGUGCGCAAAAUGUGGCGAAGACUUGGAUAAACGUGUCCCUUGCUCUAUUGUGGAUGCUCUUAAAGCAUUGGUAGAAGCAGGUCAAAACCGCGCCUAUCCACAGCUGAGUAUCGCAUCUUUGGAUUUGCUUCACACGCUGCACGAGAAAAAAAUAAAUUCGUUGCAAACGGAAUCAUUUUCCGACGAAAACGCUGCUUUGUUCUGGUCCGGAUGCUGGCGAGAGACCGUUGCAGUGAUGGCGGAAGCGGCUGAGCUGUCUUCCGAUACGAAUGUUCGACAACAUUCAUUGUCAAUGCUGACUGAUUUAUUUUUGGAAAAGCGAAAGACUGCAAUACCAGUAGCACACGUUGCUGGUGUCCUCAGUGAAAUAUGCGUCCCACUGGCAGGGCGCUGCAUCUUACGCCUUCAAAUGGGUGAUGAUUCGAUUGAGAAUUCAGACGCGUUGAUGAUUGAGUUUGAGCUGUGCAUCAGUCUUAUCUUCAAGCCCUUGCGACACCAUCUCAACACGGGUAUGUCGGCGAUUUCCGACGGAAACCUUUCAUCCAUUUGGAAGUCGGUGUUAUCUGUUCUCGAAGAACUGCUGCGCGAAGACAGCCCUUCGCUGGACAGCAACGAAGGUCAACCUUCGUUACCGGUGAAUCUGAAAGCUACAAUGAAUCAACUUGUUAACGAACAUCUUCAGAAUGCCAUAUCAGUACUUAUUGCCGCCGGGGUCUUGCUGUCGGAAGGCUACUCCAAAGCUUCAGAGGACAUUUCGUUUAUAACCUGGGAAUCUGUUGGUCGAAUGGGGAUUCCUGAAAGUGCCGUUGUGGAAUGGCGACAGCAAGCUUUGCAUGAAUCAUAAUAAAUUGUAUCGAUUUAUCUCAAUCAAAUCAAAAACUGUCCCUUUACGGAUCAAGCCACUAUGUAUUUGCAAUAUCCAAGUAGUAUGCAACUGGGACUAAUGUAGUGAAUAUUUAAAAGAAGCGCAAGUUUCGC